AUGAAGCUCUCCCUUGUUAUGCUGGCGACAGCCGCCACCACCGUUAUCGCUGCCCCUCGACCCUGGUGCAUGAGACCCGGCCAGCCAUGCUGGAAGCUCAAGCGCGCCGUUGACGCUCUCGGCGAGCCCGCCCCCUCGCCCGUCGAGCCACUCGACGCCGACAACAUCGGCCUCUUUGCCUCGGGCGCCCACGACCGUCUCCUGCACCUCGCCUCGUCCGACGCCGCCAAUGUCGACGAUGAGGGCGCGUUCGAGAAGCGGUGGUGCAUGCAGACUCCCAAGUGCUGGAAGCUCCUCGCCGACGAGGACGGAGAGCUCUCCAAGCGAUGGUGCAUGAGACCCGGUCAGCCGUGCUGGAAGCGCAGCGUCGAUGAACAUGGAGAUCUUGCCAAGCGUUGGUGCAUGAGACCCGGUCAGCCAUGCUGGAAGGCUAAGCGCGCGGCCGAGUCGGUUCUGAAUGCGGGACAGGAGGACGGCGACGCACAGGAGCAGGACUGCGGUGACGACGGCGAGUGCUCCGUCGCAAAGAGACAUCUCGAUGGGCUUCACCAUGUUGCGCGCGCAAUUGUCGAGGCUUUCUAA